AUGGAAAUGGGGUUGUAUUGCCGCUCAUAUUGCCCCGUUUCAGGCUAUUUUGAUCUGCGAUACACCCAUAUCAUUAGCCACAAAAACCUGUUUAUACCAGCAGCCUGCUCUGCGCUGACCCUAAAGUCAUCGUCAAUCGUCCUUUUCUUUUCCAAUGGGAUCAAUGAGAUUGUCGCUCAGCAGCUCCAAGAUGAAUUCGGGGCCUCUGAGUUUCAAGCUGAGUUCUCUCUUCCUAAUUCCAGUAUUUUCACAGAAUUAGAAGAGGAGUGGGUUUAUGUAACUGUGAGAGGGAAACCUUCAGCAUUCCAGCUAAAUAUCGACUGCAUUGAGAAAAGUGAAUUGAGUUUGGACCAUGGCAUGAAAGAUCCUGUUAUGGGAGCUGCUAAUCUAGAACCAACUGAAAAUCACGAGGGAUUUAUUUCAACUGAUGCAUUCAGUUCUCUGAUUUCAACAAUGAGAUCGAACUUCAUGGGUGUGGUUGCUGCUAAACCAGAAGCGAUCUUGGGCGAGAAUCUGAUAAAUUUUGAUACAACGGCUUUGGUCGCCCUUGUGUCAGGAAUAAGUAAUGGUGGUGCAGAACUGUUGUUGGCAGCAACAGAAAGUGAGAUGAUAAAGCUUUUUAAGAACAAUGUCAAGUUCGUGAUGGCACAGGUGAUGUCCGAGCUUCAGAAUCCAAUUCUAGGGGAAUUGAGAGGUGUGCUAUCUUGUAAGAGAGGUGUCAUCCGUGAAAGUGUUCUUUCGGAGUUGAAGGAGGUGUCAUCUGUGAAAAUUGGUAAAAGGGAUUUAAUCCGUAGCCAUAGAAAUAUAGCUACGGUUAUUAUCCAUCGAACGACCGUCGUUGUAGGUGCCGAGCCGAUUUCUGUAGCCAAAAGUACCUAUAGAUAUAGCUACAGUUAUAAAAUUAUCAGCUACGGUCAAUAUCCGUAG